GACAGGGGUGGCAGCGGAAAUGUUUUCAGGGCUCUGAGGACCUGCCUAUGCCUUGGGAGGCUCUGUGAGUUCUCUGUGAGAUCCCAUCGCUGAAAUGACCCAGAGCAACAUCUUGAGAGACCAGGAGUUGUCCGCCAGCAACCCAGAAGAUGACAGCCCCUCAAUAAUCCUGCAGUUGUAUCCAUACUCGGAGGGCAAAGAUGAUCCGAAUGCAGAUCAGGCUGGUCCUGCCCCAAAUGAUGGAGGGAUCCUGAAGCUUUCCACAGCCCUGACAAACCGGCAACGAGGGAACAAGGUGUCUGCCUUGCUGGUCACUCUGGAUACUCUCUCUGUUCACCAGCUUGCUGUGCAGGGCGAACUUACCCUGUUGAAAGAGACUCUACGGAAAUGCGAGAACCUGCUGAACAAUCCCAAUGAACGAGACUUUACCCCACUGAUGUGGGCUGCGGCUUUUGGGGAGAUUGAGACGAUCUGUAGUAUGCUGGAAUGGGGUGCUGAUCCCCACAUCCUCGCAAAGGAGUGGGAGAGCGCCUUGUCGCUUGUCAGCACUGGCGGCUACACUGAGAUUGUCGUCUUGUUGCUGGAGAAGGCCGUGGACGUCAACACUUAUGACUGGCCACUGAAAAACCUGCAACUUCAAGCGUGCCUGGGAAGCUAUCAAAGUGACGGCAGACCCUGCCGUGCUGUGCUCCCCAUUGUCUAG